AAUCGUGAGCUAAACUUUCAUCGAAAUAGACAGAAAAUAUAAUUGUGGUUGAAAUAUUUAAGUUUAGUUCUUAUAAGUAUUAAAUUAAGCUGCAAAGAUGGCUCUAAGUGAUGCAGAUGUUCAAAAACAGAUUAAACACAUGAUGGCAUUCAUUGAGCAAGAAGCCAAUGAAAAAGCCGAAGAAAUUGAUGCAAAAGCCGAGGAAGAGUUUAACAUCGAGAAGGGUCGUCUUGUUCAACAGCAGCGCAUUAAAAUCAUGGAAUACUACGAGAAGAAGGAAAAACAAGUUGAACUGCAAAAGAAAAUUCAAUCAUCAAACAUGCUGAAUCAAGCUCGUUUAAAAGUAUUGAAAGUUCGUGAAGAUCAUGUGCGUGGUGUUUUAGAAGAAGCUCGUCGUCGUCUUGGAGAAGUUACACGUGAUUCAUCGCGAUACUCGCAAAUCCUUCAAUCGCUGAUUACUCAAGGAUUAUUCCAAAUCAUGGAGGCCAAUAUAACUAUUCGUGGACGCCAACAGGAUGCACAACUUAUCCAAAAUGUACUUCCAGGAGCUGUGGAACAAUAUAAACGUGAAACCGGUAAGGAUGUCGUUGUUACACUCGACACCGACAACUUCCUUUCCGCCGAAUCCACUGGUGGUAUCGAAAUUUUUGCUCUUCAAGGACGUAUUCGAGUUGUCAACACACUUGAAUCACGUCUUGAAUUGAUUGCUCAGCAAUUGGUUCCCGAAAUUCGUAAAGCAUUGUUCGGUGGUAACGCAAGUCGUAAAUUUACUGAUUAAACAGUGCAAUCACCAAGUAAUCACAAGAAAUAUUAUUCUGUUGUUUAUUCCGUUUCGACUUAAUUUAGCAUCAAUGAUAAAAGAAAGAAAAAAGAAUUACGAUAAAAAAAGAUUUUUUUCCCUCCGUUUCACAUAAUUUCGAUUCACCUACAAGCACUAGAGAAAGAAACAGUAAAAAGUAUAUCCUAGAAACUAUUUAAUCGUUGCACAUUAAAGUAAAGUGAAGUUAAAUUGCGAAAAUUGCUUUUUCUUUGUAAGAAUUAUUGUCUACUGACGAUAAAAACUUUCGUGAUUAACUUUAAAGUCUAUCAACUGAUAUCGAUGCAUUCCUUUGUUUCUUAUUCUUAAAAACGUGACGAGUGCUUGAGGAAAAAAUAAACUAUUUAACUUGACUUAAGUCUUGUCAUUUGAGAAAAGAAACCAAAAUUUUAUCACGUAAUCUUAUCGCAUGAUACAAAAGUAACUAUUUAUAACAGAAACGUUAAUAAGUGUUCAAAUUUUAGCUGCAAAUCAUAAAUGAAUGGGUUUUAAUCCGGUUAAUGAACGAGAAAUAAAAAAGUCAAUACCAAAUUCUUCCCAAUAAAUGGAAAAUCGAAGAUUUUCUUUUUUCCCGUUUUUUUUCUUUUGCUUUAUGAUGGCGGAAAUUUAGGAUGAAAAACUUUUUGUUGAUAGAAUUGUUUCGAAAAUAUCCCGAGGGAUGAAAAGGUUGCAAACAUUUUACAAAAAAAAAUAUAAAAAGUAUAAAAAUUAAACUUUGCGGGAAUGUUCAAAUUUAACGACAAAAAUCACAAAUUUCUAAGCUUUCAGAACUUGUCAAGUUUCAUAAUUACUUAAUGUUAAUAAACAAGAACCAAAAUAAUAUGGUAAAUGCUUUUCGUGCAAUUAUCCAUUCAAACUUGAUCGGUAUUAUUUUAGUAGUGAUGCUAAAUUCUUUAUUUAGUUAGAUGAUAAUCUGUAGAAACAAAGAAAGAAACAAAAAAUACUUUUCGGGGGACGUGGGGUUGAAUGAGGAGACUUCAAGUAUUUCUUUUGAAAAGCUUUAAAUGAUACCGAAGCUGAAUCUUGUGCCAUCGGUGAUCAAAAGGACUGAAAGUAUGACUUUAUGUCGUCUCAUGUCACUUGAAGAUUGUUUAAUUAUAUUCUACUUUAGGUAGUGGUAAAAUCGAAACGACAAAAAAAAAGUUAAAAAUGAUAUAAAAAUUAAAUGUUUGCAAUCUGGAAUAGAACGAAAAUUAUUUAAUGGAAAUUAAGCUAAUUUUUUUGUUAUCAACAGCAUCAGUGUCUUUGAUGUUCACUAGAAUCUUGCGACAUCACAAUUUUCUGCUGCUUCAAAGAUAUUUUGAUAAUAAAGAAGUCAUCAUUUAAUUAAAUCGUAUAGAAAAAGUUUCCUGAAAAAAAAAGAAGCAACGAAAUGUUUAAAAGUUUGUUGGAAUCAUCAAAAAGUUUUUCUUUUAAAAUUAUUAAAGCCGUCUAAUUAACAACACAUCAAAAGUUUUUCAUCGCAAAAAGAAAUCCCUUCUUUGUUAUGACAAUAAAAUAAUUUUAAUAAUCUCUUUGAUUUAUUAAUUUUCGCAACGAUUACAACCAACUCUACACAUAAAAUGUUCAUGUAAAUAACCAAACCAACCCUUCUUGUAAACUUUUAAAGUUAAAAUAAUAACAAAAAGAAAUGUAAAGCCACAUUGUAUAGGUGUGAACAAACAACAUGGAGAGAAAUUAUGAGAAAUAAAGUAAAAAUAUCAAAUAAAACAAAUAGGUAAUUUAAUUCGAA